AGAGAGAGAGAGAGAGAGACAGAGAGCACUAACCAUGCGCACAUGAGAUUCAGACCCAGAGCAGAGGGAGGGAGAGCGGCAGCAGGAGAGGCUUCGUUAUUCAGCGUGGACGGGAGGGAUGUUGCGCGGUCCCCGCUGAGCUGCGCUGCCGUGCUGCAUGUUGCUGAGCGACCUGCCCGUCUGUGGAUGCUGCUGCCGUCCGUCCGCUGCUGCACGGAUUCCUGGCGGAGGUCAGAGAGUCUGUGGACGUGCAGCUGAUUAAAACUCAACGCUGCUGAUUUCAUCACCACCCGCAUGACCUCAAUUAUCACCACCUCCACCUCCUGUGAGCUCGCGAGGUGCCGUCAUAAAGAGGCGGCGAUGACUCCCCGAUACCUCUUUGUCUCAGUGUUAUUGCGCAACUUGACCCGAGGAUAAUCAUCAGCGCCGCGUGUGGACCGAACCACCGAGGAUGAUGGGAGACGGGAGCUGGGUGUGUCUGAGCCCAGCUGAGUUCAGCCAGCUGCAGCAGUACAGCGAGUACUCCACCAAGAAGCUGAAGGAUGUUCUGGAGGAGUUUCACGGCGACGGAGUCCUGUCCAAAUACAACCCAGAGCAGAAGCAAGACGUUCUCAGCCAACCCAUCGACUAUGAGGGCUUCCAGCUCUUCAUGGCCACUUACCUGGAGAACGACAUUCCUGAAGAGCUGUGUCAGCAUCUGUUCACCUCCUUCCAGAGCAAGACUGGAGGCUGUUCUCCGGAUCAGUCCCGGGCCGGAACCAGCCUGCUGGACGCCUGCUCCAUUGAUGCAGGCAUCUCUAUUCAGACCGAAGUGGCCUGUGCCCCCAUCACAGCAGGGAUCAACGGGAGGAGCCUCCUGUCGGCCAUGGGGCGGCCCACUCCGGAGCACUCCAGCGCGAGGAGCGCCGCCGGCUCCGGAGCCACCACCUCCCCCUGCUCAUCGCGCUCGUCCUCGCAGCGCUCGGGAACCGGAGCCCACACGCCCGCGGGCCCCCAGCGCUCGCCCUGCACCCGGGCCCGGAGCUCCGAGGGCUGCAGCAGCAACGCCCUGACGCCCAGCGCCGCCGCUGCUGCUGCCGCGUCCCCAGUGCGGAGACGCUGUGAGAAGCACCUGUCGCUGCGGAGGAGCCCGUCGCCGCAGAGCGCCCCCCCCCUGCCGUCGCCCCAGGUGGUCUUCCUCAAGGACAUCGUCUGCUACCUGUCGCUGCUGGAGCGGGGGACGCCGGAGGACAAGCUGGAGUUCAUGUUCCGGCUCUACGACACAGACGGGAACGGGCUCCUGGACAGCUCGGAGCUGGAUCGAAUCAUAACUCAGAUGGUGCACGUGGCCGAGUAUUUGGAGUGGGACUCGACAGAGCUGAGACCGAUUCUGAAGGAGAUGAUGGAGGAGAUCGACUACGACCGAGAUGGGACGGUGACGCUGGAGGAGUGGAUCCGAGGCGGCCUCACCACCAUCCCUUUACUGGUGCUGCUGGGCAUGGACGCGGUGCAGGAGGACGGGCAGCACGUGUGGCGCCUGAAGCACUUCAACAAGCCGGCCUACUGUAACUACUGCCACACCAUGCUGCUGGGGGUCCGCAAGCAGGGCCUCUGCUGCUCCUUGUGCAAGUACACGGUGCACGAGCGCUGCGUGUCCAAGGACAUCGCCGCCUGCAUCAGCACCUACGCCAAGUCCCGCAGACACACCGACGCGAUGCAGCACGUGUGGAUGGAGGGAAACUCUCCCACCAAGUGCGACCGCUGCCACCGGAGCAUCAAGUGCUACCAGGGCCUGACGGGCCUGCACUGCGUGUGGUGCCAGAUCAACCUCCAUAACAAGUGUGCGUCCAACGUGAAGCCAGAGUGUGAUGGAGGAGCACUGAGGGACCACACGCUCCUGCCCGCGUACAUCUGCCCCGUUGUACUGGACCGGCACUCUGUGGUGAAGCGAGGCGAGGGCGAGUCUCCGCCCGGUACCAGUCCUAACGACAACAACCAGACCUUCAAGUUCUCCCCCGGAGACGGACAGGCGCUGCAGAUCAGUCCGCUUCCAGGGACGCACCCGCUCCUGGUGCUCGUCAACCCCAAGAGUGGAGGGAGGCAGGGCGAGCGGGUGCUGAGGAAGUUCCGGUACCUCCUGAACCCCCGGCAGGUGUACAGUCUGGACCAAGGCGGGCCGGUGGUGGGACUCAACUUCUUCCACGACGUCCCUGACUUCCGGGUGCUCGCUUGUGGAGGUGAUGGGACCGUGGGCUGGAUCCUGGACUGCAUAGAUAAGGCCAACUUCGCCAGGCACCCGCCGGUGGCCAUCCUCCCCCUGGGCACCGGGAACGACCUGGCACGCUGCCUACGCUGGGGCGGAGGCUAUGAAGGUGGCAGUCUGCUGAAGUUUCUUCGGGACAUCGAGCACAGCACAGAGGUGGUGCUGGACCGCUGGAACAUUGACAUCGUCCCUGAUGACAAGGAGGAGAAGGGAGACCCUGUCCCCUACAGCAUCGUCAACAACUACUUCUCUAUCGGCGUGGACGCCUCCAUCGCCCAUCGGUUCCACCUGAUGCGGGAGAAGCACCCUGAGAAGUUCAACAGCAGAAUGAAGAACAAGCUGUGGUACUUCGAGUUCGGCACCACUGAGACCAUAUCUGCCACCUGCAAGAAACUCAACGAGUGCAUCGAAGUGGAGUGUGACGGCAUCAUCUUGGACCUCAGCAACACCUCAUUAGAGGGCAUCGCUGUGCUCAACAUUCCCAGCAUGCACGGCGGCUCCAACCUGUGGGGAGAGAGCAAGAAGAGGAGGAACUACAACCGCAUGAGCAAAAAGGUUCCCGACAGGAUGCCGGCCAGCACCGUCACCGACGCCAAGGAGCUCAAGUUCUGCAUGCAGGACUUCAGCGACCAGCUGCUGGAGGUGGUCGGCCUGGAAGGGGCCAUAGAGAUGGGUCAGAUCUACACGGGACUGAAGAGUGCAGGACGCAGACUGGCCCAGUGCGCCAGUGUCACCAUCAGGACGUCCCGGCCGCUGCCCAUGCAGAUCGACGGUGAGCCGUGGAUGCAGCCUCCCUGCACGGUCAGGAUCACACACAAGAACCAGGUCCCCAUGUUACUGGGCCCACCUCAGAAGACCCCCUUCCUGUUCUUCAAGAAACGCAACCGAAGCCGCGACUAGGACGGUGCACGUGCACAUACACACACAGGCAGCGUGUGUGUGCGUGUGUGGGGGGGGGCUCCAUCAGACCGGUGCACUGUUCCCAGAUUGGAGUCAGAAUAAACAUUCCUACAUCUGAAACCAUCCUACAAUGAUGACGCCCACAAGGAGAACAGACCCGUCAGUAACUGGGUCCAGGGCCCAGCUACUGUCGGUGUCUCAUCCAGAACCCACCAGCCCAGACGCUCAGCCGUUUACCAGUACGGCGCAGUCGUGGCCGGUGAGUAAACAGAGGAACACCUGUAUGAAUAAUGAAGGAGCGGCUCCGUGUACGACGGCCUCCUGCUGAGCUUCCACACAGGCUGAACAUCACGCUACAGCUGAGAGGGAGAGAGGAGCCGAGAGGAGGCCUCAUCCAUUAUUGACUUAUUUGGUCUGUGGGGUGAUGGAAGUGGCCUGGAAACGGGAACUCCAGACCAUCAGUGACCUACAAAAAGCAUCCUCAUACCAUAUGUACAGACUGGAGAUGAUCUGGCUGCAGGCGUCAGGCAGAGAAGGUGCUCGUCCUGCACCAGUUAACACUGUGGAAACUAAUCAGACUUAGAGUCCAGCGCUCUGUGGCCACUGCACUCAAACACUAUGGUCCACAUCCAGCCAUCAGCUCCUGCUCGAGACCGGCGGACGCUGAUCCUGGGUCAGGGCUUGAAACAAACCCCCUCCAGGGCGUGAGAGCAUUGACAGGAGAACUAAAUUUAUCCACCUAUUUCAGGGAGGCUCUGUCUCUCCUCCAGUGAAACCCAAGGCCUGACUACCGUGUCAGACAUCGACUCACAAUGUCACGUUUGCUGUCAGAAUGCAACUCCCAGAGCCUGGGCCCUAAUGCGUUCAUAAUGAGGUUAACUACAGCCAGUGAAGACCGUGGACUCUGUUUAUAAAGAAUGUAUGCCACACAUAGAGCAGGUGAUAUAUAUAUAUAUAUAUAUAUAUAUAUAUAUACAGGACAGUAGGUGUAGCUCACAUAUACAGGACACACAUUUUACUAGACCACUGUUAAUAAAGUGGGAAUCUUAUGGUAGCGUAGCUGAGCGGGUUCAGGUCGGUUCCUCGUCGCUGCAGUCGCUGCAGUCGCUGCAGUCGCUGCAGUCGCUGCAGUCGCUGCAGUCGCUCCCAAGAACGAAAGAACCAACAAAUGGGAACUGGAACAAAAGCCCAGUCGAAGCAGAGCAGAAAACUGAAUGAUGCGACUGCGGGGGGCGACUGGGCAGAGUCAAACCAAGCUCCUCCAGGGUCGCCUUAGACCCGGGUUCCCUUUAAAACCACCCUGAGGCGCUGAUCUGCACCCGGGCCCCUGAAAAGACGAGGACCACAGCCGCUCCGACCUCCAGCGGAGCCUGGGUGCAGAGGCCUCGGCGGUCGAGUGCAUGUUUACAGUAACCUUACAUUUACUUAGAAUGGGUCUGUGUAUAUAUUUGUUUCUGAUGUUUUGCCUGUUGACACCACGAGGGGAGUGGACGAACAGAGCCGGGAUCAGACGCCUCACAGCUCAUUCUCUUCAGUUUCUGUGAUGUCAUUGUUACAAAGGCCAAUGAGGGUUCCGUGUUCCUGCCGUUAGAACAUGUGCUGUGUGGGACGUCCCCAGCGUCCGGUUCUUUCCUUCGCUGCCUUAAUGCGCUCACAAAUCCACACACAUUGGCCUGAAAUGCACCAAAGGCUUUUAUCAGCUCCUUAACCCCGACCGUGGACCGUGAACAGCGACCGAGUUCAGACAAAUAAAUUAGAUAAUUUCAUCAAUACUUGGCAAGUGAGCGCCGAUGCACUCAGUGACACAGGUUUCUGUGUUUCUGUGCCACCGGACACACAUGCACACGAGCUGCCCUCAGGUCGCAGGCUCCCACAGGUCAGAGCCGAAGGAGGACGGGAACAUGGAACAGCAUUCGUCUUCUCGUCUGACCUUCGUGCCAUAAGUUGCCUUUAGUCAAAAGGCAAACGUUUCUAAAACCAGAUCAAAAUGACUCCAUGAGACUUGAAACAUCCGUUUUAAUUUAAUAUGUUUAGUUCUUAAAGGAGCAGUUCUCGGUUUUUCCUGUACCACACAGGAUCUAACUGUACAAGCAAUACUUGUACAGCGCCACCAAUACCUGCAAUACUUUGGCUCCAGCCGCUGGUUUUCAUGGGAUUUGUUCACGAAAUGUAAAGUUAUUUAUCAACCUGUUAUUUUAUUCUUCUUUUGCUGCUGGUUUAGACAUUUAAUGAGGAAAAUUAAGCAAAGUCCAUCUUUGGACCGAGGUGCAAAGUCCCCAGAGGAGAUGAAUGACUGGCUGUACCUCCAGACGCUCAACUGUGUCCUACAAACAGACCACAGGGUUCUGAUCCAGCCUGGCUGUGCAGCGUGGUCCAGUUCUGGUCCUGGAUCAGAUGAGCAGCUCUGACAGUAAAUGUAGUCGCGCCAGCCAUGAACCGACAGCGACGUCGUCCCACGGCUUCAGGGCAUUAUUGAGGACGAGCCGUCGCUGCGUGUGUGACCAUCAUCAUCAUCAUCAGCUGAUGGGCCGUUACAUGAGGCUCAUACAGGGUCAAGGGCAGCGAGCGUCCUCUGUCCUGGGCCUGAUUGGACGAACGCGGUGAGGAAUCGAUACCUCCAGCUUCUGUCUGACUCUGUCUCCCCCGCUGUGUGUGAUGGUGUUUGGACCCGGACAGAAUAAACAGAAAUAUGCGUUUGGUUCCUUUUCCCUUUAAUCGCACCGUCUCAACAUCACUGGUACAUUUUUGACUGGAUGUGCAUGAAUCAUCACCAGCUGGUCAAUAUGUUGGUGAAGCUUUGACGUUGUGACUUAUCAAACUGUAAAACAUCACUAAAACUUCAGAAAUGUCCUAGACUUUAAUAUUGUGUCUUUCAGUUGUAGCCAAUAAACAGAAGCUGUAACAGAAGAAAUAAUAAACUUUUCUCACUUUG